UUGUGCGCAACUCAUUAUAAUGUUUAGUACGCAGAGAGCUCGCGCAGAGAAAGGCGCGCAGCUUGCAAAAAGGCAGCAGCAGACGCAUGGAGCGCGCACUCAAUUUCUGACAGCUGAACGCGGACACACCUUACAUUCUGUCUGCACAUCUUUAAUCAGAACAUUUGGAUUAUAUUUGGAGGCACCGGGCUGACGCCAUGCACCCUUGUUUUUUCCGCGUGUUUUUUCAUGGGGUUUUGCUCAUAUUUUCAGUUUUAUGCGAAGCUGCUGCUUUCAACCUGGAUUUGGAAAAGCCAACGGUUUACAAUGGACCAGAGGGAAGCUAUUUUGGAUACUCACUGGACUUUUACCACCCAACACAGGAUAGAAACGCCAUGUCGGUGCUGGUUGGGGCUCCUAAAGCGAACACCUCUCAGCCAGGGAUUGUGGAGGGAGGAGCGGUGUACUACUGCCCCUGGCCGGCAUCAGACCCAGACUCUUGCCGUCAGAUCCCCUUUGAUAAAGCAAAUAACCGGAUGAUUAAAGUGAACGGAACACGGGAGCCUCUAGAAUUUAAAUCCCAUCAGUGGUUUGGAGCCACAGUCAGGACCCACAAAGGCAAAGUGGUGGCUUGUGCGCCCCUCUAUCACUGGAGGACAGUGAAGGUCAGCAGUGAGAUGGAUCCAGUGGGAACUUGUUAUGUGGCUGUGCAGAACUUUAGUGCCUAUGCUGAGUAUUCACCGUGUCGAACCAAUAACCCGGACCCCGAGGGCCAGGGCUUCUGCCAGGCGGGCUUCAGCGUUGAUUUCACUAAGGAAGGGACUCUGGUUGUGGGAGGGCCAGGGAGUUUCUACUGGCAAGGUCAAGUGAUCACUGCAGGAGUUGCAGAAAUAUUGAACGGCUAUUCUCUGAAAACUAUUCUGCGUAAAGUUCAGGGAGAGAAGCAGACUGUGGCUGCAUCAGACGCAUAUGAUGACAGUUACCUAGGUUACUCUGUAGCGGUCGGAGAGUUCACAGGUGAUUCAGAACAAGAACUGGUAGCAGGGGUACCUCGAGGGGCACACAACUUUGGUUAUGUGGCUGUGAUCAACGCAACAAACCUGACAUUUAUUCAGAAUUUUACUGGGGAGCAGAUAUUGCUGUCUUGUAACCUCAAGGGUGACAUCUUGCUAGAUGACGUGCUAGUUGGAGCUCCACUCUACAUGGACCGUGAGUUUGAGAGUAAACCGCGUGAGGUUGGCCGUGUGUACUUGUACUUGCAAGAGGACGUUCUUCUCUUCUCCCCAUCCAUCACACUCACUGGAACGCACCUGUUCGGCCGGUAUGGAAGUGCCAUCGCCCCUCUCGGAGAUAUCAACCAGGAUGGCUACCUUG